AUGGGCCAAACCCUGACCAGCGGAAACACUGCGCACGACUCGUCUAUGGAAUCAACAAACAAUCCAGAGAAGAUUCUGAUGAGGGAUGGUAACAGUCCACAUCAUCUCAUGGAAAAGACUGAUCGGAGAGGCCAAUGGGCCAAUAAGAGGGAGUUUGUCUUAGCCAUCACUGGAGAAAUCAUCGGUCUGGGGAAUAUUUGGAGGUUUCCAUAUCUCUGCUUCAAAAAUGGAGGAGGAGUUUUCCUGGUGCCUUAUAUCUUGUUUCUGGUCACCUGUGGAAUCCCCAUCUUCUUCCUAGAGGUGUCAGUGGGACAGUUAACUGGUCAAGGUGGAGUCACAUGCUGGAGGAAAAUAUGUCCUUUAUUUGAAGGUUUAGGCUACGGAACUCAAAUGAUUACACUUUACACUGUGACGUAUUAUAUCGUCAUCCUGGCCUGGGCCUUCCUCUACCUCUUCUCUUCCUUCACCUCUGAGCUCCCCUGGGCCAGAUGUAACAACACCUGGAACACAGACAACUGUGUUGAUUCUAGUCACAAUGACUCAGCGUACGGUCAUCUCAACCAAAAUGUGACAUCAUCAGUCAAAGAAUUCUGGCAGAGACGGGUCCUACGUUUGUCUGAUGGGAUUGAUGAGAUAGGGGACAUGUGUUGGGACCUGGUUGGGUGUCUUCUUCUUAGCUGGAUCGUCUGUUACCUCUGUAUCUUCAAAAGUGUCAAGACUUCCGGAAAGGUUGUCUAUUUCACAGCUACUUUUCCUUAUUUUAUGCUGAUUGCGUAUCUGAUCCGAGGUGUGACUUUACCUGGAGCCAUAGAUGGGAUCAGGUUUUAUCUCUUGCCAGAUCCCACACGUCUGACUGAUCCACAGGUGUGGAUGGAUGCUGGGAGUCAGAUUUUAUUCUCCUACUGCGUGUGUACAGGCACUUUGUCAUCUAUGGGAAGCUACAACAAGUUCAACAACAACUGCUACAGAGAUACAUUUGCCCUGUGCCUACUGAACAGUUUAACCAGUUUUGUAGCUGGAUUUGCUGUCUUCUCUGUCCUUGGCUUCAUGUCAUAUGAGUUGGGUGUUGACAUCAGGACAGUGGCUGAAUCAGGUCCUGGUCUGGCUUUCAUUGCAUUUCCUCGAGCGAUCUCCAUGAUGCCUUUACCUCAGCUCUGGGCUGUGUUCUUCUUCAUUAUGAUUAUCUUCCUUGGACUGGACAGUGAGUUUGUGUAUCUGGAAAGUUUGGUCACAUCCAUAUCAGACAUGUAUCCAUCCUUCUUUCUCACUGGUCAUCGGCGUAAAUUCCUUCUGUUGCUCAUCUGUGGUUUGUCCUUUGUUAUCGGUCUGUUUAUGGUGACUCAGGGAGGACUUUAUAUUUUUCUGCUGUUUGACUACUAUGCUUGCAGUGGAAUGCCAAUGAUGUUUUUUGCCAUUUUGGAGUCAGUCUGUGUGGGAUGGGUAUUUGGUGCUGACCGUUAUUAUGAGAAAGUCAAGGAAAUGAUCGGCUACCGCCCCACUCCUUAUAUGAAAUACUGCUGGAGGUUUGUAACACCGUCUGUCUCUGUGGGUAUCUUACUUUUCUUUCUGGUCAAGUUCACUCCUCUGAAAUACGACAACACCUAUCAGUAUCCCUGGUGGGGCUACGCUAUUGGAAUAAUUCUGGCCUUCUCUUCCGUUCUGCUCAGUCCUCUGUGGAUGCUCUACAGUUUGACAGUAACAUCAGGAUCUCUGACACAGAGACUGAAAACUUUAUGCACUCCAGCUGCAGACCUGUGUCAAAGAUCAGCAAAGAGGACGGUUCACCCUGAAACACCAGAGCUGUGUGCUCUAGAUGAAAGAUCUGAGUGCUGAAGGAACCAAAGAGACUGAGGUUGGGAAACACCAAACUGUGCUUCAUGCCAACAGGCUGUGGAAUCUGUUGCUCAAGUUUUUUCACCUGCAUGUCAUUCAGCUGCAGGUGACUGAUCCAAAUGGAGACGCAGAAGAGAGG